AUGUCCAUUUCGUUAUUACAACCUUCUUUAUUUAUGUCAAAGACAAGAAGCUACACGAAAAUUCUUUUUGGGUCUCGGUUGUUCUUAACAGUGAUGGCUAUUCAUUCAAGUCUUCGGGUAGCACCACCAGAUUUUCAACAAGGUGGAAAUUCUAGUAUUCCGUAUGUACAUGUUCCUGCGACUCGGAUGAGUAUUCUUGUUUAUAUCGCUACGGCUACAAACAGUUUCUUGUUCCCAUUAACAAAACAUCCCCUUUUUCUUCGCUCUUCCGGAACCGGUACAGAAAUUGGUGCUUUUUCUACUUUGUUUACCUUAGUGACUGGGGGGUUUCGGGGAAGGCCUAUGUGGGGUACCUUUCGGGUGUGGGAUGCUCGGUUGACUUCUGUAUUCAUCUUGUUCCUUAUUUACCUGGGUGCACUGCGUUUUCAAAAGCUUCCUGUCGAACUGGCUCCUAUUUCAAUCCGUGCUGGACCGAUCGAUAUACCAAUAAUAAAGUCUCUAGUUAACUGGUGGAAUACAUCGCAUCAACCUGGGAGCAUUAGCCGAUAUGGUACAUCAAUACAUGUUCCUAUGCCCAUUCCAAUCUUGUCCAACUUUUUCUAA